ACUAUGCCUCGCGGCCCACCACGAGGUUGGAUGGCCAAAGCGGAUGGGCUUAGGGAAUCCGGACGGUCUCGUAAGUAUUGGUUCUUACCAUCAAAACUGACGUAUAACGCUUGCAAGGCAGCUUCAUACUCUUCCGAGUCAUAGGCUCUCAGAAGGCUAAUUAAGCAGCAUUUGAACUGCAACCCAACCAUCGUUGAGAUUCGCAAAAUGCAAUUGCAGAGCAUCAUAGACUACCCCAAGCCACCAGCCAUCGUUACUUUGUUGCUACUAACGACCCUCCCGCUGGUCGAUCCCACAUGGGUGGUACGGUCUCUCUGCGCAACUCACCUUGGGAGGCGCCUUCUCCGAGGCAGGACCUUCGUGGACAGUCUGUUCCAAAGACUCUAUCACGCACUCUCCUCUACUUGUCUUCGCGUCCGCCUCUUACUUCCAUUCCCCGCACGUUCGCGAUGCGGAACAUUCCCCACGCUAGAAGCGGAAGCGAAAUAUUGGUGCAUUGCUGCUCGCUACCGACGCCACCUUGCACAAUCUAGUGCCCGUCGACCGCCGCAUGAGACGUCCGAGAUACCUCUCGUGACGUAUUAUACCCCACGUCUUCUGCCUCAAUACCGUGAUGUACGACAUCCCGAUGAUGGAGGCGGUGAAUUUUGCAUAUCAGCCAAAACGUUUUGCAAGUGGCAUAGGAUGGUAUUUCGGGGACCGCAUCACCCAACUCUUGCCCAAGCAGCUAUGCGCAUGAAGUAUCAUUCUCACGGAGACCUGAAAGAAAUGCAGCGAAUUGCGCGACUUCUGCCAGACGAGCAGGUAUUACGCCGGCCGUGGUCGCCAAAAUAUAGCAGACUUUGGAAGAGAUGGCUGGACAACAAAGGUCCAGAUAUAGUUAUCGUGUUUGAGUGAUGUACUUUUGAUGCGACGGCAAUUGCUGUAAU